AUGGCCGAGCCUCCCGGGGAACCCCCGCCCCAGGCUGUCCCGCGGGAAGGGCAGGACCAAGGCCUUAGGGAGCACUUGUGGCCCGGACACAGCCCCGACCGGCCCGAGCCAUACGCUUCCCACCCGCCUCAGCGGGGCCCCAGGCAGCCGCCUUCUGAGGGGUUUGAGCCUGAACGAGACCCUUAUCAGCCUCAGCAGUCGGAACCGGGACCAGCUUCCUAUGAAUACCAGGGUGUAAGGCAAGGGUCUGAUCGGCCACAAGGACUGAGAAAGAGCAUCUAUCAGCCAGGAGCACCCGACCAAGACCCCUACCAAGCACAAGACCAAAGAGGAAAUGUCGGCCAGACCCACGCACCAGGACAAGCACCGUAUCAAUCACAGACCCCAGUUCAACACCUCUAUCAUCCACGGGGAGCAGAACAAGCCUCUUACAAGCUACAGGUGCCAGAAACAAACAUCAGCCAGGGAUACACGCUGGGACAAGACUCUCAUCAGGCACAGGAGGCAAGGCAAAGCUUAUAUCAGUCGUAUGCACUAGGAUUAGACCCUUACCAAACACAGGAACCAAAAAGUGCCUAUCAGACAUAUGCAGUAGGACAAGAUCCCUAUCAAGCCUAUGAACGUGGGCAUGGCCCCUAUCAGCCACAUGAACCAGGUUAUGGUCUUUAUCAGCCAGGAUACAGUCCAUAUGAUGAUCAGAUACCCGAUCCCAAAUCCCGAAUGCUGGCAAUUGAGAAUGCAAAAGCCUAUUUACUGAAAAGCAGCACAACAUCUGGCCUGAACUUAUAUGAUCAUCUUGCUAAUAUGCUAACAAAGAUCCUGGAUGAACAGCCCACAAAUGCAGUAGACAUAAUUGAGAAUAUCAGCAAGGAUGUGAAGUGGGCUCAGUUUCAGAAAAAAAUGGACACUCUUCGAGAUGAACAUGAGAUUCUUCCAACAUUUGAAGCUGCAGAAAAGCGUAAAGCUUUGUUCCUCAAGGCAAACGGAGAAGGAAAUGAAGAACUAGAAGAAGAGAUAGGAGAGACCCCUCUACCUAAUGUGAUGGAAACAGCCUUUUAUUUUGAACAGACAGGAAUUGGCUUGAGCAAAGAUGAAUCCUAUCACAUAUUCCUUGCCCUUAAAAAACUAAUUAGUGUUCAGCCAAUCCAGACCUGUCGCUUCUGGGGCAAAAUUUUGGGCCUGGAGAUGAACUAUAUUGUAGCUGAAGUACAGUACCAUGAGGGGGAAGAGGAGGAGGAAAUAGAAGAGGAAGAAGUUACUGAGGAAGGAGGGAAAGGGAUGGGUGAGGUUGAAGACGAAGAUGAGGAGAAAGAAAAAGAAGACGAACCACCAAAGUCCACCUAUAAGCCCCCACCCAUCAUCCCAAAAGAAGAAAAUGGGACUGGGGCUAAUAAAUAUGUCUACUUUGUCUGUAAUGAGCCAGGCAAACCCUGGGUGAAGUUGCCUCCAGUGACGCCAGCCCAGAUUGUCUGUGCCAGGAAAAUCAAGAAGUUCUUCACUGGUAGGCUGGAUGCUCCUGUUGUGAGCUUUCCUCCUUUCCCUGGAAAUGAGGCCAAUUACCUACGUGCACAGAUAGCUCGGAUCUCAGCAGGAACCCAGAUCUCUCCCAUUGGAUUUUACCAGUUUGCAGAGGAGGAAGGAGACGAAGAGGAGGAGGGGGGAGGAGGAAGAGAUACAUAUGAAGAAAACCCUGAUUUUCAGCCUCUUUCUGUGGCUGAAAUGGUGGAUUCUCUCUCCACAUGGGUACACCAUGUACAGAGUAUUCUAAAGCAGGGUCGCUGUGUUUGGCUUAAUCCUUUUCAAAAAUCAGAGGAAGAAGAAGAAGAAGAAGAGGAAGAGGAAGAAAAAGCAGAGGACCCAGAUGAACUACAGCAAGAAAUAGGACCACCUCUUCUCACUCCACUCUCUGAAGAUGAAGGAAUUCAAAACAUCCCCGCCUGGACAGCUCAGCCUUCUACGAACCUGAUCCCGCAAUACGCUGUCGCAAUCCUCAAGUCUAACCGAUGGCCCGGAGCAUAUGCCUUUGCAUCUGGCAAGAAAUUUGAUAACAUCUACUUUGGCUGGGGUCACAAGUACAGCCCAGAGAACCACACUCCCGCACUGCCUCCGCCAGUGCAAGCAGAAUACCCCAGCGGGCCAGAAAUCACUGAGGCAAGAGACCCUACUCUGGAAGAGGAAGUGGCUUUCAAGGCUGCGAGGGAAGAAGCCUUAGCUGCAGCUGAGGAAGAGGAAGAUGAGGAAGACGUUGAGGAUGAUGAAGAGGAGGAGGAUGAUUAAAAUAUGAGGGAAAAUGUAUUUUUACUUUAAAAGUUUAAACAUGAAUUUUCAUAAAUUAGUCAUUAGUUGACCUUAAAAGAAACGCAAUUGGAGCAUCCCUUCUUUUUUGCUUUCUGUAGGCUCUUCUUUGCAGCUACCUUCCCCUCCCUCCCUGUCCCCCAAGCCCACCCGCACUGGCAUGAAGACUGCAUUGCCUUCCCUGGAAGACAACACAGUCCAGUAGCCUUUUUUUAGAAGAACAGGCAAACACAAUCUGCUUCUGUUUCCUAAAAUAAUACCGCUUUGAACUAAGUAACUACCGUCCACCAAACGUUCACGUUGCUUUCCUAACCCGCACUUCAAUACCUAUAUAAAUUUUACUUAAACCAAAAGAAAUAAACUUAAUUACAUAACA